AUGUUCUCGGGCUCCAAUUCCUUCCUGGGCGGUGCCAACCAGGGCCGCCCAGGUCAACAGCAAUAUGGCCAACAACCACAGCAGAAUUACGGUGCCUACGGCUCUCAACCCACACCCUUCAUGCAACCGCAAUACACCGGCAUGCCUCCCAUGCAGAACCCGCAACAGUCUCUACAGCCCCAGGCCACUGGCUAUCCACCUCAGCAGCAACAGUCUCUCCAGCCCCAGGCUACUGGAUACCCUCCCCAGCAGCAACAGCCUCAGCAGAACCAGUUCCAGAGCGGUCUUAUGCCUCAGUACACUGGCUAUCCUCCUCAGCAGCAGCAACAACCUCAACCUCAGCAGCAACAGCAGCAGUUCCAAUCGCCACAGCCCACCGCUGCCCCUCAGCAGGUACCUCAGCCCACCGGCAUGACCUCGUCGCAGAUGGCCGACUCGUUCCGCUCAACUCCUGCUCGUCAGCAGCCCCAGCCAACCGCUUCUUCGUCGGCAUCGUCCAAGAUUCCCAACAUCCGCUUGUCCUUCAUCACCGCUGCAGACCAGUCCAAAUUCGAACAGCUCUUCAGAUCUGCUGUCGGUAACGACCACGCCCUGUCCGGUGACAAGGCCAAGGACCUUCUCCUUCGUUCAAAACUGCCUGGUGAUGCCCUGUCUCAAAUCUGGAUGCUCUCAGAUACCACAAAGUCCGGUCAAUUGCUCUUCCCAGAGUUUGCCUUGGCCAUGUACCUUUGCAACUUGAAGCUCACUGGAAAGGACCUCCCUCCGCAGCUGCCUGAGAGAGUUACAAACGAGGUCUCUAGCAUGGUCGACAUCAUCUCCUUCGGUGUUGCCGAUGCUCAAUCUGCUUCGCAGCCAGCAAGCAAUGCUCCCAGCUUCCCUGAUGUGCCCACUAUUCAGGCUCCUCAGCCGCAGCCUUCCAGCAGCCAACUUCUGUCGCAGUUGAACCCUCAGCCUACAGGAUUCCAGCCCCAACCUACCGGUUUCCAGUACCAGCAAACAGGUUUCCAGUCGUCCAUGCCCACUGGACUACAACCCCAAGCGACUGGUUUCCAAAAUCAGGCCACAGGCUACACUGGUCCCCGUCCUCCUAUGCCUCCCAUGCCCACAGGCUUCGGUCAAGGUCUGUCACCACAACCCACUGGUUUCCCUAUGGCACCUUUGAACGCUCAGCCUACUGGUCGUCCUGGACAAUGGGGUCUUGUCAACGCCCCAGCUUCCGGUCUUCCUAACCUUCAAGCUCUUCAAUCGCAAAUGAUGCCUCAGCCUGGUCGCGAGACUGGCUUCAGUACCGCCGGUCUUCGUGGUAAUGCCACAGUUCCCUGGGCUAUCACCAAGGACGAGAAAAAGAUUUACGAUGACAUGUUCAAGGCCUGGGAUGGUUUGAGCAGAGGUGCCAUCAGUGGUGCCACAGCUAUCGAGAUCUUUGGCCAGAGUGGCCUUGAAAAGGACGACCUUGAGCGUAUCUGGACCCUGUCAGACCCUCAUAACAGGGGUAAACUGAACCUCGACGAGUUCGCUGUAGCUAUGCAUUUGAUCUACCGUAAACUCAACGGUUACCCUGUGCCAGCCAAGCUCCCUGCUGAGCUUGUUCCUCCUUCUACUAGGAAUAUCAACGAUGCCAUCGGAACUAUGAAGUCGCAUCUUUCGCAGGAUGCGCAGUCGAGAAGAAGCACUGGCGCGUUCUUACAACCUCAGAAGACAGGUGUUAGCUACCUCAAAAACCACUCCUUUGCCGGCGCAGGUGCAAGCAUCGCCGGACCUCGCAAGGACGCCACCGUCUACAAGAACAACGAUGAGGACGUUGGUUACCGGUCAUCCGCACGCCGUCGCACAGGUGAUGCUGGUCGUACCGCUUCCCCUGCGCAGGAAAAGCCUGUCGAGGAUAUGUCUGUCGAUCAGUUGAAGAAGGCUAUCCGCGAGAAACAGGUUCUUCUCGACGCUAUGGACUUCGAAGACGAGGGUAGAGCCGACGAGGAGGAUGCGCUCGAUCGCAAGGACCGCAAAGAAGCGGAUGAGCUCUACAGACGCAUUCGCCGUAUUCAAGAGGAUAUCGACGGACACCCGAACUCUGGAUUCCGUACUACCGACUCCGAUGCUGAACGUAGAGCGCUCAAGAGACAGCUCCAGACUUUGUCUGACCGCCUGCCCGAGUUGGCUUCUCACGUGCGACGCUGUGAGAGGGCUAUUGCAGACGCUCAGUUGGAGUUGUUCCGUCUCAAGGAUGCCAAGGCCAACCCAAGCUCGGCUCCUGCCAUCGUUGGUACUGGACCUGGAGGUGCUGUGACCGAAUCCGAUCGUCUCAAGGCAAGAGCCAGAGCAAUGAUGCAGGCGCGUUCCGCUGCUCUUACUGGCAAACCUGCUCCUGCUGCUGCUUCCGGCGACGAUGGCGCAGGCGCUGCCAAGAGAUUGGAAGACGAAAGCAACCGCGUCCGCCUCGAAAGAGAAGAGAACGAGAGAAUGGUACGUGAUGUUGAGGACUCUGUCACCGAGUUCAGCAGAACCAUCGAGUCUAGUUUGAAGGAAGGUUCUGAGGAUGCUUCUACCGAGCACGAGAGGAGAAGAUGGGAAGACGGACUUGGCGUUGAGGACGAGGUGAAGGACUUCAUUUUCGACAUGCAAAGAAGCAGCAGAACUGCUCGUGUCAGAAAGGAAGAGACUUCUAACCCUCGCGAACGCGUUGCAUCACCUCGCGCUGAAGAAGUCAGCCGUAGCAAUGGUGCUCGUGUUGAGAGCCCGGUCUCCAGGAGCGAAACUCCUCGUGGAGGUUCUUACAACACUUACAAGACUGCAGAGGAUCGUGCUGCGUUCAUCAAGCAACAAGCUGAGCAGCGCAUGGCCGAACGCUUGGCUGCUCUAGGUAUCAGAGCACCUACCAAGGCUGGCGAGUCCGCACAACAGCGAUCAGAGCGCGAGCGUAAGGAACGUGAAGACCGCUUGCGCCAGGCAGAGCAAGAAGACGCCCGCAGAGAAGAAGAAAGACAACAGAGAUUGGCUGGAGAGAGCAUUGCACCUCCUACCGCUGAAAAGUCUCUUGGCAAGAAGGCUCCUCCAGCACCCGCACCUCGUAAGAACCGCGGCGACUCUGUUGGUAAGCAAGAAGAGCAGCAAGCCAAGGCUGAGUCCCAAAGAUUCGAGCAACAGCAAAUGGAGCAAGCGAUCAAGGAGCAGCAAUCAGCCCAAGCAUCAGAGACCAAGGAACUCGAAGACGAGGAACGUCGUCAGGAAGAAGAGCUUCGCAAAGAGCGGGAAGCCGCUGCUGAACGUCUUCGUGCACUUGAAGAGCAAGUCCGUCAGGGCAAACUCAAGAAGGCAGAAGAAAAGCAAAAGAGAAAGGCAGCUUCCAAGGAGGCUGAAGACAAGGAAGCACGUCUCAAGGCUCAACGCGAUGCUCAGCGUGCAGAGAUUGAAGCUGCCAAGGAAAGAGAGCGUCAGUUGCAAUUGCAGCUUGAGAGCAUGGGCGAUGACAGCUCAGACGAAGAUGAUGAGGGUCCCCAAACCAUCACACCCAUGGAAAGCACGCCUGCCGCAAGUCAGGAGCUGCCAAGGGAAAUUUCGCCCGCACCUCCCGUCGAGUCUGCACCUGCCCCACCGAGCGCUCCUGCCCCUCCAGUUCCUUCCACGGUCAUCAGCCCUCCAGAGGAGUCGAAGAAUCCGUUCUUCAGAAGUAUGAACCAGCCCGCGGCUCCUUCCGCAUCCAUCGCCUCGCCCGGUGCUGCUGAUGCCGCUUCUACCAACCCUUUCCACCGUUUCACCCAGCAAGAUACCACUAAGACUGCCCUGCCCGAGCCUGCUGCACAAUCCGCUCGUCGCACACCCAAGCCAGCAGACGACGAUGACUGGAGCGUCGUAGGCUCUGACGACGAAGAGUCAGACUCUGACAACGAUGGCCCUACAAGUGGAUCGGCAAAACAACUAGCGAGUAUCCUUUUCGGAGGCAUGUCGGGACCUCCCAGAGCUUCUCCUUCACCAGCCCCUCAGUCUCUGCCCCCACUGCCUCCACCAACAACUGACCACGGUAUCCCAACUCCCGAGCCAGAAAAUGGUAUCGUGCCAGCAGCUCCCCCACCACCACCACCCAUGCCCACUGGCGGCGCUCCCCCACCGCCUCCUAUGCCUAUGGGCGGCGCUCCUCCACCUCCACCCAUGCCAUCCGGAGGUGCUCCUCCCCCACCUCCUAUGCCUGUAGCUGCGGCAGGAGGUGCAAAGCCUGACAUGGCUGGCCUACUGGGGCAAAUUCAGCUGGGCAAGGGACUUAAGAAGACGGUUACUAAGGAUAGAAGUACUUCGUCCACUGCUGGUCGUGUUCUGGACUAG